GUAACAAAGAUCUCAAUAGAUUAGCACAAACUUUCGAUCAUUAUGAAGUGGUUGCCACUUGUUUUCGUUGUGACCCUCCUUCAUGGAGGAUUGGGGAGGAACCUUGCAGUUAAACGACAAACCUCGGGAGGAUCAGCCACGUUCCCAAAGUACGACCCUAAUGCGGUCAACCAGCUGACCUCGAGUUUCAUUGACCCCUCCAAGUCCAAACUCGGUGCAGGAGGUGCCACUGGUGGGAUGUAUAACCCUGACCAAUGGAAUACCAUCAGCUUCAACAUGUUCAACCCUCAGUUUCAGCUUGGCAGACGUCGUUUGACAAGACAGACAACGAUCCCAAAGUACGAUCCUAAUGCGGUCAACCAGUUGACCUCGAGUUUCCUUGACCCCUCCAAGUCCAAACUCGGGGCAGGAGGUGCCACUGGUGGGAUGUAUAACCCUGACCAAUGGAACACCAUUAGCUUCAAUAUGUUCAACCCUCAGUCUCAGCUCGGCAAACGUCAUGUUAAAAGACAAACUGCAAAAAUACCAAGCUCUGGUGGAAGUACAUCGCCUUCUAGUGGCAUGGCUUCUGGUGGAACGCCUUCUGGCGGAUCGUCUCCCAGUGGAUCAUCAUCUGGUGGAUCACCUUCCAGUGGAUCUGGUUCUAGCGGUUCCAGUCAGACCGGAGGAGCCACUCAGAUGACACAACCUAAUAUGUUUAUUAACCCUGGGGCAUUUAUGAUGGGAGGCGGGUCACCUUCGUCUCCAGGUAGCGGCGGAGGAAGCAGUAGUAGCGGCGGAAGUAGCAGUGGUGGAAGCGGAAGUAGUGGAUCAUCCAGUUCGGGUUUGAUACCGUCAUUUGAUCCAAACAAGUUAAACCAAAUUCAGGCAAGCUUCUUGGAUCCUUCAAAUGCUCAACUAGGACAAGGAGGGGGAGGUGGGUCUGGCUUUAAUCCUGAUCAGAUCAACAGCCAAGCAUUCAAUUUUUUCAACCCUAACCUCAUGAUGGGAGGAGGCGGACGGUUCAAAGUCGGGGACACAUACUCAUCACGAAUAGAAAUGGCAAUGGGCAUCAUGAAGAAGAGUACGUUUUCAGCACCGAGGAGAUUAAGUUUCUUCCGGAUGCCUUUAGAAACAUCCAACAUCGGAUCAGAAUACUCGGACCCUGAUAUUCAUGUCUCAAGCAAGGUCCAUCAGUUGACCAAAGAACAGAUUACAGAAUUUAAGGAGACAUUCCUGUUAUUCGAUAGUGAUGGAGAUGGAACUAUAACAACCAAGGAGCUAGGUACUGUGAUGAGAUCUCUGGGCCAGAACCCUACCGAUGCCGACCUCCACGAUAUGGUAGCACUAGUGGACAGUGACGGAAAUGGUUCCAUAGAUUUCGACGAGUUUCUCCAUCUCGUAGCGAAGAGAUUACAGGAAGCAGACAUAGAGACAGGCCUGGUAGAGGCAUUCCGUCUGUUUGACAAAGAUGGCAAUGGCUUCCUUACUGCUAACGAACUACAGAGUGUUGUAGCCACCUCUGGGGAAAGUCUUACCACCGAGGAAGUUGAUAUGUUGAUGAACGAAGCGGACGUUAACAAUGAUGGUAAAGUGAAUUACAAAGAUAGAAGUCUACAUAAACUUUUGCGCAGAGAUAUGUUCAACCCUAAUGCAAUGAUGGGCAGUUCAUCAUCUAUGUUUAACCCGAACGCCAUGAUGGCAGGUGGUUCGUCGGGCUCAUCGGGUUCCAGCGGUACACAGUCGUCUAAUAGCCAGUAUUAUGGAAGUUUUAACCCUAACAACUUGAUGGGAAGCAUGGGUGGGAAUACGUUCAACCCAAACAACGUCAAUGGAAUGAGUGGAUCAGGAUCAUCACAGCAACAAUCAGGCAGUGGAGGACAAUCGGCCAGUGCGGGACAAUCCGGACAGAGUCAAUCAUAUGUGGGACAGACUAGUACUGCUUCUUUUAAUCCAAAUCAAAUGAAUCAAAAUCAAGGUUCCAUGUUUAACCCCAAUAGUAUGAGCGGAUCUCAGUCCGGCGCCUCCUCGUCCGGCUCAAUGUUUAAUCCUUACGUUGCAAAUAGUAUUGGAGGUGGGCCAUCGUCGUCAGGUUCGCCAUUUUCAUCAUCUCAAGCAUCCCCUCAGACUUCAGCUUCUUCUGCCGGAAGUCAACAAUCUGGACAGCAAUCAGCAGGUUCUGUCGGGACAUCUGCAAGUAGUUUUGGGAGUUCCCAGUCUAGUGGAUCCUCCGGUAGUUCCUCUACAACUUUUGGAAGUUCCCAGUCCGGUAGUUCCUCUGCAAACUCUUUUGGGAGCUCUUCAGGAGGGUCCGCUAGUAGUUUUGGAAACUUUCAGUCCAGCGGAGGCAGCUCAACCGGAAGUGUUGGAUCAUCACAGAGUGCAAGCAAUGCAAGUACUUUCGGAAAACCUUCCCAGAAUACACAGGGAAUCAGUCAGCCGUCCUCUAGUCAACCACAGACAACAGGUGCCUCAUCUUCGUCGUUUGAUCCAAAUCAAAUCAAUUCAAACUUAGGACAACCGCAGUCAAGUGGAGGAGGGGGAAGCACCGGGAUUGCACCUCCCUCCAACAGUAUUACGUCAGGCUUGGGUAGCGGCGGGUCAUCGGGUUCGUUUAUACCGAAAUAUGAUCCUAAUAACAUUAUUAACACUGGCGGAAAUUAUGAUCCCAAUACUGCCAACACUGGUGCUGGAACAGGAGGGAAUGCCCCAUCGUUCUCAAAUGGCCAGGGCUUCAACCCGCAACAGCAAAGUUUGGGAGGUUCUAGUUCUGCUUCAUCUUCAGGAUCACAGCCAAGCCAAUCCCAGUCCCAACCUGGCCAGCAGCCACAAUCAACAAACGGUGGCCAGACGUCUUCUACUUCCAGUGGUACUUCUGGAUCCUUUGACCCAAUCGCAACCAACUCACUGGCCACAUCGGGAUUCAACCCACUGAACCCACUUUUGGGAGGUGGCAGUAACGGGGGUUCGUUUGAUGCUGGAUCUGUCAACAUGCAGAUGGCACAACAAGGAACCAGUCUGAACAUGUUUGGAGGUGUAUCAGCACCUGCCAAUGGUGGUAAGAUGGAUGCCAAUGCCUUAAUGAGCGGAGCAUCCGGUAUGAUGGGUGGACCAAGCAUGGGAUCCAGUGGGGGAUCUAGCGGGGGAUCCAAUACCGGGUCGAGUGGUUCCAUGUUCAACCCAAGCGCCAUGAUGGGAGGUGGUUCAGCUGGAGGCAGUUCAGCUGGCGGCUCGAUGUUCAACCCUAACGCAAUGAUAAGCGGGGCUGCUCCCUCCGGAUUAGGAAAUACAAAAUCGUCAGGGACUGCAGCCAGUAGCUCCGCCUUAGAUCCACUUGGAGCCAUGCAAGGAGGAGGCUUUUCUGGAAAAUACGGAAAUGUAUUCGCAAUUAACAAUCAGGGUGUUGGUCGCCGAUCUGGUUUGACACUUCCACUAAACCUACAAGAGACAAGUCACUUUAAUGUCCGAGCAACCUCACAAGACAAGCCAGCAUGGAGCAACUUUCAGUUCAAGCCUUUCGACGCGCAGAAUUUUGUGUCAGGUGACGGACAUUUUAGCCAGUCCGGUUCCUAUAUUGAGAGCUUUAACCCUAACACAGUAAUGAACGCAGACCUGGGCUAUACUAUCAUCACCUACGACCCAAAGAAGGCUCUCAGCGGGGCAUCGUUCAACCCUAACAUGGCUCUCAGCGGCGCGUCUUACGACCCAAACCAAAAUGUCAAGAAUUACAUCAAGGCGUACGACCCAAACAGUCUCCGUGACACGUACAUGACCGGUACCCACAAUCUACACGCCCAUGAAGCCCAGCCUUACAACACGAACGGGGUCAUGACCUCAUACGAUCCCAAUAAACUCACCACCAGUUAUAUAUCAAACAUAUUCGACCCAAACCAACUAAAUGCCAAAUUCACUGGAUCAUUUGAUGCUAACUCUCAGCCAGACAGUUUUGUUGGAGAUUCAGCUAAAAAUAGAACAUCAACACAGUUGGGAGGUCAAGGACCAUCUACGGAGAUCAAUCAUCAGGUCAACACAAACUGGGCAGGACAGUGGAAGGGGGAGUGGCCAAGUAAACACACAUCUGAUAUGUUAGUUGGUGAUUCGGUUGAAAAUCGAACAUCAACUCAAUCGGAAGGUCAAAGACCAUCUACGGAGGUCAACCUGAAGGUCAACACAAACUGGGCAGGACAGUGGAAGGGAGAAUGGCCAAGUAAACACACAUCUGAUAGUUUGUCCACUGAGGAAAAAGACUCGCCGGACGGAGAAACUGGAAAGUCGUCAUGGACUGGGUCGUGGAGCAAAAGCUGGCCGGGUGAACCAGCUAGUCACGGUUCAAUAGACCAGGGAGACAACACCCAGUCGACCAAAUCACCAGUCACCGACCUCCACUCAGAAACAAAUUUGGAAGAAACAGCAGUAAUUCUACAAGAGCUAUUGAAAGCCCUGAAAACCAGAAAUGAAGAAAAAGAAUUUUAACUAUUUGACUGGGUAUUCAAGUCCUUAGUACUGAAGUAUUUCUCGUAGACAUUACAUUUU